AUGUUCGCCAAGUUGUCCAUCGUUGCAGUCUGCAGUCUGCUUGCUGUGGCCUCGGCCGAACCGCACGUCCUCACCCCCGUUGGACCCGCCGUCGUAACGGCUCAAAGUUCGCAAGUAUUCGCCCGGAACUACAAUGGAUUCGUUCCGUUCCCGGUCGUGGCACCCGCCGUACCAGCGCCCGUCCCCGCGCCCUUCCCUCCAGCACCCGCGUUCUUCGUGCCGGCUCCCCCGACGCCCAUCUUCUACCCACAGCCCGUCUUCUACAACCCUCCGGCACCACUUCCGGCCGUUCCGGCGGCAGUUCCCGCAGUUCCGGCCACGCCAGCCGUCGUUCCCGCGGUUGCCGUUGCUCCGGCAGCUCCAGCAGCUAAACUGGUCGCGGUAGCGCCCGUAGCGAAGGUUGCCAAGCUAGUGCGGCCCGCACCGUACCUCACCACCAUCCGGUACCGGUCGGUUGUUGCCUAA